GGGAGACAUUUAUAAUUUCGGUAAUUGCAGGAACAAAGAAAAUGGAGGCGGCAAUCGGCAGACAUUUGAUACCUGGCCGGCGAAAAUUCCAUUCGGAUUUCUCCGAUUGCGUCACAGUUCGAUAAAGUUCCAAUCCAUUAGCUUCCUCUGCUCUGAAUUCAUCCCUACAAUGGCUGACGAUAGCUUGGCUUCUCAAAGAAGAGACCCAAUCAAGUCUUCGGUUGGGAAUGUUGCGGCUCGUCGAAGACGACAGCAUGCGGUUACAGUGGGAAAGGAAAGAAGAGAAUCACUGGUGCGUGCGAAGCGCUUGUGCAGAAUAGGGAUUGGUGACGACGUCGCUGUCGACAAUGAGAUGAUAAUGGACGAAGAGCUGUCAAUUUUGGAAGCUCAAACUUCUUCAGCAGUGGACGAGCUAAAGUCUGCAGUUCAAUACCAGGGAAAAGGUGUAAUGCAGAAGAGAAUUCAUGCCCUUCGUGAACUGAGGCGCUUGUUGUCUAGAUCAGAAUUCCCUCCAGUUGAAGCUGCUCUUGAAGCAGGAGCAGUACCUCUACUGGUGCAGUGUCUUUCAUUUGGUUCCCCUGACGAACAGUUGCUCGAGGCAGCUUGGUGCCUAACGAACAUUGGAGCAGGGAAGCCUGAAGAAACCAAAUCUUUGUUGCCAGCGUUACCCUUGCUUAUUGCUCAUCUUGGAGAAAAAAGUUCUCUGCUUGUUGCGGAGCAGUGUGCAUGGGCAUUGGGAAAUGUUGCUGGUGAAGAAAAGGAGCUGAGAAAUAUUCUGCUAUCUCAAGGAGCUUUACUACCUCUUGCAAGAAUGCUGCUUCCAAACAAAGGUUCAUCUGUUAAAACAGCUGCUUGGGCACUAUCCAACUUAAUUAAGGGACCAGAUUCCAAGGCUGCUACAGAACUCAUUAGAGUUGACGGGGUGUUGGAUGCGAUUAGUAGACACUUGAGAAAAGCGGAUGAUGAGUUGGCAACUGAAGUUGCAUGGGUGAUUGUGUAUCUCUCAGCACUCUCAAAUGUUGCUACCAGUAUAUUGGUGAAGAGUGACGUCCUCCAACUACUAGUGGAGAGACUAUCAACAUCAAAUAGUUUGCAAUUGCUUAUACCGGUGCUGCGAAGCCUAGGUAACCUUGUGGCUGUCGAUUCACAUACAAUUUCUGCUGUUCUCAUUCCUGGACGUGAAAUUACAGGUAAUGUAUUAGGAGUCCUGAUAAAAUGCUUAAAGAGCGAACACAGAGUUUUGAAGAAGGAAGCAUCUUGGGUGCUGUCUAACAUUGCUGCAGGUUCCAUUGAGCACAAGCAAUUGAUAUAUUCUAGUGAUGCGGUGCCAUUGUUGAUACACCUUCUUUCAUCGGCACCAUUUGAUGUGCGUAAGGAAGUAGCAUAUGUACUGGGAAAUCUGUGUGUUGGGCCCGAUGGAAGUGAUGGAGAACCAAAACCGAGGCUGCUUGUUGAGAACUUGGUUUCACUUGUUGGUAGAGGAUGCCUUCCAGGAUUCAUUGACUUGCUAAGAUCUGCCGAUACAGAGGCUGCAAGGCUAGGAUUUCAAUUCAUAGAGCUGGUAUUAAGAGGCAUGCCAAAUGGGGAGGGCCCGAAGCUGGUCGAGCGAGAGGAUGGCAUCGAAGCGAUGGAAAGAUUUCAGUUUCACGAAAAUGAAGACUUGAGAAACAUGGCAAAUCGUCUGGUCGAUAAGUACUUUGGCGAGGACUACGGUCUCAGUGAGUAGACAGUUCAGAAUUCAAAAGACUUUGGGGUCACCGUUUUUGCAACCACAAUUACAUGCCUCGGACCACAGCAGGUGCUCUUCGCUCGAGUCUAUCAGCUGCUUCAUAGAACCCAUCAUCACCAUUGAGUAAGAUAGAAUUGAGCUUUCUGUAACAUCCUUUUUGGUUUGUAACAUUUCUAACGAAUUUGAUCAGAACCUGUCUUAAUUGAGCUGUAAAAAUUUGGGACAAAUAUUUAUUAGGAGGAAAAUGCUUUGCAAAGUUUGUGUAAAUGACAUGGGAUUUUGAAGUCCCUUGUCAUCUCAAUUGGACUGUUCUUUUUCACAAAAGUUACACAACUGAAAGUUCGUGGAAUUUUGUUAUUA